UUCUUUCUCCAUGUGUAAGGUGGAGAGAGGCACGAGGAGCACCUGAGCCCUGAGCUGAUUGACAAUCACCUGAAUUACCCAAACACCAGUGUGAUGGGUCGGAAGCCGGUGAGAGUGGGAUCGAAGACGACAGCAGUAAUCCGGGAACGUAACAACGCCCAGUGGCGGUCGAUGGAUAGAGGGAACAAAGGCAGUGAGGAGCCCAGGAGAGCCUGGCCCCAGCUGACGACUUGCCAAGUGGAGUUGGACCAGGUCUUGGAGAGGAUUUCAUCCCUGAGGCUUCCUGAUGAACGGGGACCAUUGGAGCAUCUCUACUCACUGCACAUCCCGAACUGUGACUGGCGUGGCCUUUAUAACCUCAAACAGUGUAAGACAUCCCUGAAUGGGCAGCGGGGGGAGUGCUGGUGUGUGAAUCCCCACACUGGGAAAGCCAUUCCAGGGACCCCAAGAGUCCGGGGUGAUCCGGAGUGUCAUCGGUGCUGUGCUAGUCUGGAACAGAACACUGACCAACAACCUCAAGCCGCUGCCUAAAUACUGUGGGACGGGAGGGUAGGGGGAGGAGGGAAGGGGACC